AUGGAUGACGACAGUGGCAGUGAGGGCGAUGAGAACGAUAGCGGGGCGGGUGGGGCGGGCGGUGGGAGCAGCGGCCGUAGGGGAGGAUGGGGAACGGGUGCAGCUGGUCGCAGCGGUGGUGGCCGUCGUAGUGAGGGCGGGCACGGAGCGGGCGGGGAUGGCGGCUGGGGCGCAGAUGGUGGAUAUAACACGGGUGAGGUCGACAGGGCUCGUCGCCGUAAGCGGAAGUCGUGGGCUGGCCCAACGACGAGCCGACGAGACGACAAGGUGCUUCGCUCAGCACACAUUCACAGCGACCAUACGGUCGCCUCGAUCGCCGAAGCGGCAGUCUGGGUGGUCGGGCGUGGUGGGGCGGCCGCCCUUGCUGGCACCUUGAUCAGCAUGCUCGGACCCAACGAUGGACUCUCCUUCGUUCUUAAGAACGUGUCGGGUGGAGGAGCAGCAGCGGCCUCCAAGGGCAAGGACAACCGCAAGCCCCGUGACGAGGCCCGCAUAGACGCCUGCUGGAUGAUGCUUCCAUUCAGCGACGCAAUGAUCGGCUCAAACCAGACCCGCUACAACUCCGACGGCAACCAGAAAGGGUCUAUUUCCAACAACAUCUUCUGGCGAGCCGCGUCGCUCAUCAUCCACCCAAAAGUCAGCACGAACAUCAUCAUCAGUGAGUGUCUCUCGAAAAACAUAUUUGGCGGAAUGCUGUUAAUACACCCCGGGGACCGCGCUGGCGGCGUGUCCACGAAAUGGAAUGAAAUUCGGUGUCGGGAAGAGGAGGGGUGCAAAAAUUGGGGGGCUAUUGCUGAUGCGUCCGCUAUUCAGUGA